AUUAUUUAACUCCUUCCACAAAGCAAACGAGCACAUACCCAAAAAUGAAAGAAGAAAAAGUAACUCAAGAUCCAUUAAUCCAAAGGCAACAUGAAGAAGAAGAAGAAGAAGAAGAAGAAGAAGAGUUAGGUUUAAGAAGACAAGUAUACGAUGAAGUAAAGAAGCAAAUAGGAUUAUCAUGUCCAUUGAUAGCAGUAAGCUUGUUGCAGUAUUGUCUUGAAGUGAUUUCAAUCAUGUUUGUUGGUCAUCUUGGACAACUCCCUCUCUCCAGUGCUUCCAUGGCUACAUCUUUUGCUUCCUUCACUGGUUUUAGUGUCUUGUUAGGAAUGGGAAGUGCAUUAGAGACACUAUGUGGACAAUCCUAUGGAGCUAAACAAUACCACAUGCUUGGGAUUCAAAUGCAAAGAGCAAUGUUGACUCUCACAACCCUAAGCAUUCCACUUGCAUUUAUCUGGUUCUACACUCCAACAAUCUUCAUAGCUUUAGGUCAAGAUCAAGAAAUAUCAAAUGGGGCUGGAACUUUUAUUCGUUGGAUGAUUCCUAGUUUAUUUGCAUAUGCUCUUCUUCAAUGUUUAAAUAAGUUUCUUCAAACACAAAAUAUUGUGGUUCCUAUGAUGAUAAGUUCAGGGAUCACAGCUUUGUUACAUACACUUUUGUGUUGGGUUCUUGUUUUCAAAUUAGGGUUUGGAAUCAAAGGGGCUGCAUUGGCUAAUACAAUAUCGAAUUGGGUGAAUGUGUUUUUUUUGGGAUUUUAUGUCAAGUUUUCUAAUGCUUGUUUACACACUUGGACUGGUUUUUCAAAAGAAGCUUUCCAUGAUGUUCUUAGCUUCAUGAAACUUGCUGUUCCUUCUGCUCUUAUGAUUUGCCUUGAAUAUUGGACAUUUGAUAUGGUAGUUUUGUUAUCUGGUCUUCUCCCAAACCCGAAGUUAGAGACAUCUGUAUUAUCAAUCAGCCUUAACACGUGUUGGAUGGUGUAUAUGAUUUCUGUUGGCCUUGGUGGAGCAAUAAGUACAAGAGUUUCAAAUGAAUUAGGGGCAUCAAGACCUAAAGCUGCACGUUUGGCUGUUUGUGUUGUGGUUGUAAUAGCAAUUUUGGAGGGUUUAAUAGUAGGAACUAUUACUAUUUUAGUACGAAAUGUGUGGGGGAAAUUAUAUAGCAACGAUGACGAAGUUAUUAAAUAUGUUGCAAAAAUGAUGCCACUACUUGCAUUAUCAGAUUUCUUAGAUGGAUUUCAAUGCGUUCUUUCAGGUGCUGCUAGAGGAUGUGGGUGGCAAAAUGUGUGUGCAAUUAUCAAUCUUGGAGCUUAUUAUGUUGUGGGAAUUCCUUGUGCAUUGCUAUUUGCUUUUGUUCUUCAUGUUGGAGGCAUGGGGCUAUGGAUGGGGAUCAUUUGUGCACUUUCUGUACAAGUUGUGGCACUUGUUGCAAUUAAUUUGUCGACUAAUUGGAAUGAUGAGGCAUGGAAAGCUAUAAAUAGAGUUCAAACAAGUAGAGAGGUAGUGAAUGAAUGAUAUUGUCAUUUUGUUUUAUAGAGUGUGAGGAGAAAUUGAAAUUGAAAACUAAUGAUGGAUAUCAAUGUAAAUGUAAAUAUUUUUAGAGGUGAUAAAACUUUUUUUUUCUAAAAUCAUAAA